CUGGCAGCUCAGACAUAGAGUGUGGGAGGGUUUAAAGAGAACAAUGGUGCUGUAUAAUAAGAUCUCUAUUUAUGCUCAUGUUCCCAACACACAACACACACUGGGUGUGGCGGCCCUGAAAUACAUGAGACAUGGCCUGGCUCAUUUCAGUGACCCUUCUCUUCUCAGUCUGUGUUGUAACGGCGUCCAUUCCUCAUCGCUAUCACAUUGUGAAUGAGAACAAAAACUGGAUUGGAGCUCAGACCUACUGCCGAAACAGUUACAGUGAUCUGGCAACCAUCAACAACAUUGUUGAGAUGAAGAAGCUGAAUAAAACACUGCAGAUGGAAACGGCAAAGCUAGCUUGGUUUGGUCUACAGAGACAGGGCAUUGGGGAAUGGCGGUGGUCUGUAGCAGACCAAACUUUUACAGAGAUGGAAACACUUACAUGCACUGGUAUAGUGGAGAACCAAACAACUUCGGAGGAAAUGAGUACUGUGUUGAAAUGUUUAAUGAUGGCUGUUGGAAUGACAACAAUUGUGAGAAUUUAUUAGCUUUUGUGUGUUAUGAUGAAAAAAACACAACCUCAAAUAAAUACGUAUUAAUUAAUGAAAAAAAGACCUGGUAUGAUGCUCAGACCUACUGCAGAGAGAAUUACACCGACCUGGUCAGAGUGUGGAACCAAACUCAGAAUGAUGAGAUCAUGAGCGUAAUGUCAGUUUCAGUCAGGGCUUGGAUUGGUCUGUUUAGUAUCUCCUGGAAGUGGUCCGAUCAGAGUAAUUCCUCAUUCAGAUCCUGGAGCUCCGGCAAACCCAGUGGAGGUUUCAGCUGUGCUGCACUGAAUAAGUCUGAGCAACUUUACUGGAGUGAUGUGAACUGCAGCCAGAAUCUCCCAUUCAUCUGCCAUGAGAAAUUCCUGAUCCUGAUUAAAAUGAAUCUGAGCUGGUGGGAAGCUCUGAACUACUGCAGGAACCAUCAUCAUGACCUGGUCUCAGUUCGCAGUGAAGAGAUGCAGCUCUGGGUGAAGGAAGUGAUUCAAAACGCUACCAGUGAACACGUGUGGCUCGGUCUGCGUCACGACUGUGCCCAGCGUAUCUGGUUCUGGGUUUACGGAUCGAUGAUCUGCUAUCAGAACUGGGCUCCGGGGUACGGGACCUGGAAUGAAGACUGCAGCCAGGAGAAGAGAAGUGGAGCAGUUCAGGCUGGAGGAACGCAGCAGUGGAUCGAUCUGCCUGAGAGCUACAAACUCAACUUCAUCUGCUCUACUUAUGACGACUGAAGACAUGUUGCGGUCCGUCACCUGUAUAUCUACAGCAGUCUCUUCUUUACAAUUUUCAACACAUUUGUGGUACAAUGAAUCCUGUUCAUCCAGAUCAUUUCAUUAUAUGUUUAAUACAAUAUUCAGUAAAUUCUAUAGACUCCAUGUAGCAUGAA